GACACACUGUGGUUCUCUCUGGGAGAGCAACUGAGUAGCAGGAGCGUCCGCACAGUGAGGGAAAAGCAGCCCCGAGGUGUCACCACAGCUGCAGAAAAUGGCAUUAAAGGGAACACUGACAACUACCCAACAGAACGAAAAAGGUUGCAACUCUAAGUCACAGUAUUUGUCCAGAAGGGAAAGCUGACUACCCGGCUUUACUCUGGGAUAAAAAUUUUUUGAAAAAAAGAGGAUAUCACACAUUAGAAUCAGAACCUUUAAGUGUUUUUUCAGGGAAAUAAACAUGUAUGUGGACAGCCAAAGCUGAAAGGACAGCAUGCUUGGAAGAUCUUUUUUUAAAAAGGGACCUCCUAAGCAUCAACAAAAGAUUUUAAAAUUGCAUUGUUAACUUGAAGCUUCUAGCAUGUGUCCCUGUACUUCCUAAAGAGUGAGCAUUUUCCAUUGAAGUAAAAGACACAACAUAAAACUGUGGUUCACAAUCAGUUUCAACAGCAAAGACUUUACGUUGUCUCCAGUGGCGCACCAGUAAUAAUGUUGUCAAAAGUGAUGCUGGGUGUCAUCCUGUCCCUCCUCAUCCUCCUGACUGUGGGUGGUAAUGUGCUGGUGUGUCUAGCUGUCUGCGCCUCACGACGCCUCCGCUGCCUCACUAACUGCUUCAUUGUGUCACUGGCUGUGACAGACCUCCUGCUCGGCCUCUUGGUCCUCCCGUUCUCCGCUCUCCUCCAGCUCGGUGAUGAGUGGCCGUUUGGCCCAGUUUUCUGCAACUUCUACAUCUCCAUGGAUGUCAUGCUGUGCACGGCCUCUAUCCUAACGCUGCUCGCCAUUAGUGUGGACCGGUACCUGGCAGUGACCAUGCCUCUGAGAUACGCCUCUCUGGUGUUGCCAUGGAGAGUUGCUGUAGCCUUGGUGAGUGUCUGGACAGUGUCAGUGGCUGUGUCUUUCUUGCCAAUUCAGAUGGGAUGGAACACUGUUAAUGGGACGGUGCAGAAUCACGGGCCCUGGGCUUCUGAGAGGAGAUGUCGUUUUGAGCUGAACAGGCCUUAUGUACUUACAGACUCUCUUCUCACCUUCUAUCUGCCUCUGUUGGCUAUGUGCUGGACCUAUCUUCAAAUUCUUCGCAUUGCUCGGGCACAGGCCAAGAGAAUUAUCAGUGCCCGACCUAUUUGCAUCACCAGCUAUAAUUGCAGGAACAGCCCCUCCACAAGUACUACCCUGGUUUCUGGUGUGACAGCUGUGGCACUAAGAGACCACAAAGCCACACUGACAUUGGCAGCUGUGAUUGGAGCUUUUGUUGUCUGUUGGUUGCCUUAUUUCAUAUUAUUCACAGUGCUAGGUCUCAAGGAGCAUCCAGACCCUGGCAUAGUACCAGAAUUUCCUAUUGUUUUGUGGUUGGGGUACGCCAACUCAGCCCUAAACCCUCUCAUCUACGGAGCCUUAAACAAAGACUUCAGGUCAGCUUAUGCUCAUCUACUGAAAUGCCGUUUCCCUACAUACAAUGGCUGGAGAAGUCAGCAAUCUUCUCCCACUUUUACAGCAGCCCGAAAGCAGCUCACAGAGGUGACACUGCUGUGUGGUCACACCUCUGCCUCCUGUACAGAAGCAAUAACAUCUCAAAAUGUCAUGCUUCAGGACGUGAGCAGCAGAGGAGCUGCUCCAACCACUCAGUCUACAAAUGGCACAGCUACCACAGAUGUCAGUGGCAAUCAGGGUGAGCCAGUGAUGUGCUGAGCCCAUUGUACACCCCUGAUCCAGGAUCAGUCAGCCUGAGGAAAAAGCGCAACAGACAGACGAAGAUGGACGGAGACGCUACAACCCCCCACAUAUUCAGUGCCACAGCAGAACCAACCAUAAUGCCACAUGAUUCAACACCACUAAUUCUGAGAAAAGACAAGAGAACCCAAGACCUCAACAACUCCAGACCUCAUCAGUAAGAAUCAAUGUGUUCUCACAGUGGGAAGGCAAACAGAAAGUACUGAAACUCUGCAGGAACAAAUGGCACCAGCCAAUUAGCUUGUGGAUCACCACAUUCAUUAACUAGUGGACAUUUUUCAUCCUGACUCCAGAGUGUACUCCAGUGGAAACAUGACGCACCGGAUCUCGAACUUGGAAAGAGCUUUUUGGAAAGAGAAAUUUAUCAAGAACUGCAUGUUCUAUGAAAAUCAGCCAAUAAGAGAGGAAAAGGGAUGAAGAGACUUUGAAUUGACCCAUGAUUUAAAUGUGUAGCAUACAAUGUGUGUAAUGUUUUAAUUUUGUGAAAUUAUAACCAACACUCACACAUUCUUGUUCCUACUGUUGUGCAAAGUUGACAAAUGUAUGUAUUAAAUUGAAAUAUAAAAACUACCAGUGAAAAAAAAUCAAUACACGCCUUGUUCCUAUAAAAUAACAAGUAAUAAAAAUAUAUAUAUAUA